CGACUUCCUUCCGGAAGUGGCGGGUCUCCGCAGAGAGAGCGGUGGAAUCCGGGUGCCAGGAGCGUCGUAGUGCCUGCUGCGCUUGUGGACUCCUGCCACCCCUCCUUUCCCCUCCCCGCCCACCAUGUCUGCCUUCGACACCAACCCCUUCGCGGACCCGGUGGACGUGAACCCUUUCCAGGAUCCAUCUGUGACCCAGCUGACCAAUCCUCAGGGUGGCCUGUCGGAAUUCAACCCUUUCUCAGAGAAUCCCCGGCUGACAAAUGCAGCGGCAACAACAGUCUCAGCCUCCCAGCCCACUGGGCCGUCACAGCCUGCAGUUCUUCAGCCCUCAGUGGAACCGACCCCCCAGGCUGUGGCCUCUGCUGCCCAGGCUGGCCUGUUGCAGCAGCAGGAAGAGCUGGAGAGGAAAGCUGCGGAGCUGGACAGGAAGGAACGUGAGCUGCAGAAUGCCACAGCCAACCUGCACGUGAGGCCAAACAAUUGGCCCCCACUGCCCUCGAUCUGCCCCAUCAAGCCCUGCUUCUACCAGGAUUUCUCCGCAGAGAUCCCAGCUGAUUACCAGCGAACGUGCAAGAUGAUGUAUUACCUCUGGAUGUUACAUUCAGUGACUUUGCUCCUGAAUCUUCUUGCCUUCCUGGCCUCGUUCUCUGCUCACAAUUAUAGUGGAGUUGACUUUGGUCUGUCAAUCCUGUGGUUUCUGCUCUUCACCCCAUGUGCCUUCAUCUGUUGGUAUCGACCCAUCUACAAGGCCUUCAGAUCUGACAAUUCCUUCAGCUUCUUCGUUUUCUUCUUUGUGUUCUUCUGCCAAAUAGUCAUCUAUGUCAUCCAGCUGGUGGGUCUCCCGGGCUGGGGGAACAGUGGCUGGAUUGUUGCUAUGUCAACAGUGAAGGCUGACUCUCCUAUAGCUGUCUCGAUCAUCAUGAUGGUGGUGGCUGGCUUCUUCACCCUCUGUGCUGUGCUCUCCCUCUUCCUCCUGAAGCGGGUGCACUCUCUGUACCGACGGACGGGCGCCAGCUUCCAGCAGGCCCAGGAGGAGUUCUCCCAGGGCAUCUUUGCCAGCAGGACCUUCCGAAACACAGCAGCUGGCGCUGCCCGAGGAGCGUUCCAAGGAAAUUAACCCUUCCUGGGCUGGUCGUCAUCCUCUUCCUCACCAGCCCUUCUCUUCUUACUCCUCUUGCUGCCUCCUCCUGAGGUGCACUUUCCAGGGGUGCCUUGCUUAACGGUUCCUGCUGAGACACAGAAAGACACAGAGACGGCUCUCACCUUUGGCUCAUCCUGUUUCUCAGCAGCCAGCCUUCCCUUCCACUUCAGGCUGGAAGGGAGGGUCGAGUUUUUUUAUACAUACAUUUACACACACCUAGAAAAGUUAGCCCAGGUCUGUCUUUUCUUUUGUGUGUAUGGUGAUUCGGUGGGAUUCCUGCCCUCAAGCAGAGGGUGGGGAUGCCGUUUGUUUGGGAUAGGUAGCACCUGGCUGGGCUUUGACUUGGGAGAGGGUCCAGGGCAGGGCAGAGGGGGCAGUAGCACCAUCCUAGCAUGGUGCCCCCUUCUGCAGGCCAUCAUCAGGAAGAUUCUAAGUGGUCCCCAGCUUUUACCUUGGAGAAGGGACUAAGAUUGUGUUCUCUUCUCCUUGACUGUUGCCUGUCUACAGGGAAAAUUAGCAUGUGACUUUAUAGAGCCUGUAGGAGGAGUGUGGCAAGGCUGCUUUCUGGACACUAACUCAUUGCCCGGAGUGGGGAGCAGCUCCAUCUCCCCCUCCUUCCUUUAGGGCUCACCCCUGAGAGCCAAAUGCUUUUGGAUCAUGUCAGCUGCCAGGCAGGGGCCAUCCCUGCCUUGGGAGGAGCCCUGGAGUCACAGUCCUGAAGCAAGAAGUGCCUUAAUAACCCCUCUCUCCCCCAAAGUGGGGAGCCCAGGGUCUGCCUUGGGGGCAGAGAUGCUUGAAGACCCUGCUGGGAGCUCCAAGGGUGGGCAUCUCUGGGAGGGAAGGGACCUCAUUGGAUCCAUUCCCUUGCCACCAGAGACUCUUGGGCCCGUGUGCAAACCCUAACCCUCGUUCUGCUGCAUUCCCUUCACCCUCUCUCCUUGCUUCCAUCUCUUCUCCCUCCUCUGCCCCUUUCUGUCAGCAAUAGACUGUCGCCUGGCCUGGACUGGAGAAGAACCAUUCUUCCUCCGGGCUGCGCUCUCAGGAAGCUUAGCAGGGAUUUGGGCUAAGCUCCAACCUUCCACGUCUUAGCUGUGAAGAGAUAGAACCCUCAGCUGGGCCCCCUAUUGGCUACCUAUCUGCAGAAGCAAAGCGAAGGCCUAGCCCUCAGUACCGCCUCCUGAUGAGCCUCGGGAGGGCAGGGAGUGGACUUGGUUCUGUGAGGGGAGGAAGUGCUCCUCCAAUCACCUGGGGACUGGCCUGGGCUAUGUGAACAGGCCCCGGAGCCCUGAAGCUGUUUGCCGGAUUUCCCUCUGGAUCCAAAUGUAUCUAGCAAUAGUGGCAAUGAAUGAGAUUUUAAGGCCUCUCUGCUCCCCAUUUCUCAGAUAUAUUUUGUCCUUCUCUGUGUACAGAUGUAUAUGUCAUGUCUUAACUUUGUGCUUUAAAUAAAAACAGUGUGGAUGGAGAAAUGGAA